AUGCGGCAUCAGGGACUUCCUCUCCUCCCCACCCCUACCCAGGAUGAGCGUGAUCCGCUACGCUGGCCCGUUUGGCUGAAGCACUGUGCUAUCAUCACGGCCUCGAUGACGAAUUUUGUGACCAACAUGGCCGGAUCGGGCCUGUCAGUGGCCGUCCCGGAGUUGAUGCAGGAGUAUCACAAGCCCGAGUCUGCUGCGGUGCAGCUGCUUACUUAUAACUUCCUGUUUCUGAGUAUCGGCAACAUCUUCUGGGUGCCCGUCGCCCACAAAUUCGGCAAACGCGCCUCGCUGCUCCUUUCCAUGGCGCUCCAGGCCGGCACCUUGGUGUGGUGCGUGACAGCCACCAGCUUUUCCAGUCUGCUGGCGGCGCGAUGCGUGCAAGGAUUUGCUGGCGCCGCGGGCGAGAGUAUCGUACCUGAGAUAGCCGCGGAUAUCUUCUUUCUGCAUCAGCGGGCUGCGAUGAUGUCCAUCUAUGUGAUUCUGAUAUCAAGCGGCUCAGCAAUUGGCCCGCUGGUCAAUAGUCUGAUGGUGCAGUAUCUGCCGAGCUCCUGGCGGGCCUUCCUGUGGCUCUGCUUUGCGCUGGCGGUGGCCGACAUAGGGCUGAUGCUGUUCCUGUGUCCCGAGUCCAACUUCCGGCGUCCAGAGUGGGAUGUGGCUGCCAUCGAACCCGACGCGACGGAGGCGAAGGCCACCCAGGAGACGUUCUUCGAACACGAGCCCCAGCAGGAGGUGUAUACCGUGCACAGGCCCUCACUCGCUGAUAUCAUCUUGCCGGUCCGCCUCGACCGCGAGCUCAACUUCACCAUGUCCUCCCUCCUAGAAGCGCCCCCGUAUCUGUUUUCCUCCGUCUCCGUCGGCCUGAUGCAGAUUGCCGCUCUUAUUGGAUUCAUCCUGGCUUGUUUCGGCGGCGGCUUGCUCUCCGACCUCAUCAACAGUCGGAUUGCGCGGCGACGGGCCGACGGGCAGGUUCGCGCCGAGGAUCGGCUGCUCUCCCUGAUUCCAGGCAUGGCCAUCGGUCCCGCAGGUUGCGUGCUGCUGGCCUUUGCCUGCCAGAACCAUCUACACUGGGCAGCCAUCGCAGUGGGGUUCGCUAUGGUCUCGUUCGGGACGGUGUACACGCCUAAUAUCGCCAUCACCUACUUGGCGCACCGGCACCAACGGGAUGCGGCGCAGUGCCUGGUGCUGGUCAACGUGGUGAAGAAUCUGGUGGCGUUUAUGUUUCUAUACGAGGCAGUGGAGUGGGUGCAGAGCCAGGGCUAUCUGCAGCUGUAUCUGGUGAUGUUUGCGCUGGGAGUGGUCACCAUCGCGGCGGCGCUACCGCUGUAUCUCUUCCACGGGAAGCGGCACGUCGAGUGA